AGAGAGAGAGAGAGAGAGAGAGAGAGAGAGAGAGAGAGAGAGAGAGAGAGAGAGAGAGAGAGAGAGAGAUGCCGAAUAGAGGGGCGUCAUAUUUACUGUAGGGAAAAAUCACAGCUGUAAUGCACAUCUGCCAGGAUUGUAGCAAAAAAGGGUCCCAAGCCGGAGAAACAGCAUGUUGGUCAGUGUGUAAGUUAUCUUGCAAUGUGAUCAAUGGAAAACAAGCAGGACCUCACAUCCCAAAGUCUCUCCAACAUUGUCACCGAAGGUCUUACAAGCUGAACUCAUAUCUAAAAAUAAAGAAGGUCAGCAGUAUUUUAAGAUGAAAUAAUAAAGAACUAGAGUUUUACUGUGUCACUGGCGAGUGCUUCUGUUAUAUCCAUCAUCUGUGGAAGAAUCAUGGGUUGUGGAGGCUCUAGGACAGAUGCAUUGGAACCACGGUACCUGGAAAGCUGGACCAAAGAGACAGAAUCUACUUGGCUGACCAGCACAGAUACAGACAUUCCACUGUCUUCAAUCCACCACAUCCCCUCAGAGACCUCCUCUGCAGUUGUGUUUGCAUCAGAGAAAACAGCCAACUCUGAUAUAUUCGACGAUGGCCUGCCAGCUCCUGCUCAGGCGUACCUGAAGGUUUGUUCUGCAAUGUCUGAGGUGAGACUGAAUGAUGUGAAAGCUGGUGGUCCUCACACUAUACUGGCCUCUCAAGAACAGGAGGGUCUGCCCUCCUCACCAGGCACCACAGUGCAGAGGAGAAGUGUUGUUCGCACUGAAGAGAUUUGGCAAGAUAGCAGGAUGUCCACUAAGCAGGUGACCAUCACCGUAACUCAGAGUAUUCGUCAAGUGGACAAGAGUGGAAAGAUCAAAGAAAAAUCCCACACUACUUAUGAGGUCAUGAAACCUCGGGACUGUUUGAAGGAAGCAGACGCAGACUCUGUUCUGAACUGAGACAAGAGCUCAGCUUAGAGACUGGUGUGAAGAGACUCAAUUACUUCAUUUAUAGCAGAUACUUUUAUUUAUUUAUUUAUUUAUUUAUUUAUUUAUUUAUCACUCUCCAUUGCUAUGUCUUCAGUAUAAUAAGGGCAACGGAGUUAUGAAAUGGUACUCUGGAAAAACAGGGUAGAUUUUAUGACAAUCAAAGCAAACACCAGAAGACCUUUUGAGCUAUGGAAUGGAAGUAUUAUCAAAGACACAUGGUGACAUGAGUGCCUUUUACAGGUUUGAUGGCUAACUUACUUUUGCUAUUGAGACAAAUGGGAUUUUAUUGGGGAGUAUUAAGCAUAUUAAUAUAAUAACUGGGCAGCACAGUGAUAUGGUGG